AUGCUCCUGAUUCGAGAAGGAACUUGGGACGCUGUUACACGGGAUGAAGACGAUCCGGCGGAUGGUAGUUCCCUUCGAGUACUUGCCACCAUCUGCCUCAGCAUCGAGCCAGAUGACGGGAUGACCAGACGGAUUGGUUUGUUGCGAAAACUGACCAGUAUCCGGCUGUCCGAAUGCAGUUCUGUGGAGGAGUACGUCGACGAUACGUGGUUGGCGAGUCUUCUUCUGAUGGGCCUACCGGAUAUGUACGAGCCUAUGAUUGUGGGCCUCGAGGCGUCUGUGAUCAAGAUUAACGCGGAUGCAGUUAAGGCCAAAAUCCUCCAGGACGUGAAGAUGAGUAGUGUAACAAAGUCCAGUUCCGGUGACGGUGCAUUCUACAGUCAUCCUAAGACAAAACAGAAAGAGAAAGCCGCAAUAAAGUGCUUCAAAUGUAAGCGUUUGGGGCAUUUUGCGUCGGAGUGUCAGAAGCGAGAGGCCAAUGACAAAAAGGAGAAGAAAUCAUCAGGCAAGCAUGCUGCAUUCAGUGCCCGUGAAGCGUCGUCUGGCGCGAACGAGGACUGGAUUUUUGACUCGGGGGCAACGUCUCACAUGUGCCACAACAAGUCCAUUUUGAAUUGUGUCAAAGAGGUGGUGCAGCAUAUCAACGUAGCGAACAAUGCGGAAUCUUUGGUGGUUGCAACCGGAACAGUAAACCUCGUAGCAGAUGUGCAAGGUUGUUCGUGCGAUUUGAUGAUGGCUAAUGUCCUAUGCAUUCCAGACUUAGCGCUCAAUUUAAUGUCGGUGAGCAAAAUUUGUAACAGCGGAUAUCGUGUAGUCUUCAUGACGGGCGCUUGUGAAGUUCGAUCGAAAUUCAACGAACUAGUCGCUGUUGGCAGGGAGGAAGGUGGCCUCUACAAGUUGUGCUUGGCCAAUCAGCAAGUUUCGUGUGCGGCAAAGGAAGCAGACGACAUGGUUCUUUAG